AUGACAAUUAUUUGGACUAUGGAGGAGACUGCCAUCGCUACCAUUCUCGAUAUGCGGGGAGUUGGGCAUGCAACAAUUGCCAAGUACCUCACAAGCAAGAUGGCCGAAGUGCGAGGAAUCCAGGAAGGCACAAUCCCCGGAGUAUCAGUCGCUGCACUUCAGCUUGAGAGAACCACGGAUGCAGUUACAAGUAAACUGGCACGAAUUCGCAAGAAAAAACCAGAGCUCUGGCUAGGACAGGAAAAGGGAUGGAACGAAAAGGCGGUUUACGAAUUCUUAUCAUCCCAUGUUGAGGGUGAUUUCAUUGCACACCUUAUGACCACAGGCUGGAAAGCAAUCGUCGAUACCUUACAUAUUGGCCAACCUAUGGAGAGAUUCAUUGAGCAUUGA